UCAGGUGCCAUAUCUUAGAUACCCCAAUAAUAUCAAUCAUUUGCUUGUGAACUGUUGUCUCCCUUUGAGAAGUUAAAAGUUUUUUGGGAAUAGGGUUGUGUUCUACAAGGUAUUAAGGUCUUUUUCUUUAGAUUUAUGGAAAUCAAAGUUGCAGGUCUUAGUUUCUUACCUUUGUUCCAAAAGCAAAUUGCCCUAAGAUCUUUUUAGAUUUCUGGGCUUAGCCUAGGAAUCAACAAAAUUAGAAUUAAGAUUGAAGAUUGUAAUGAAAAGAUACCUUGUCUAGUCCGACUCCUAUCCCUUCCAAUAAAAGGGAGGUAAAAAUAUCCUUUGAGUGCAAGAUGUACCACCAAACUAUAGACGGACAUAUUGUUAGUGGUUCGGAAUGGGUGGUUUCUGAAGUUUUUUUUUAUUGAAUCUAAACUGUUUCAGUUGGUGGUGGAGGAAGGAGGGAAUUUUUUCUCCCUUAAGAUUUUUGAACGGGGAAAAUACUACAUACAAUCAAUUUUUGUGGGCAAGAGUGCAACAAUCCCUAAGAUCCCUUUCCUCUCCCAUUAUUUUCUUGAAGACCCAAGGACCCUAUAUAGAUAUUGGAAUUCUAGUUUUUUGAGUAUUAGAAAGAGAUCAGUGUUCUCUUUGGAUUUCUUCCAUUUGUUAUCUAAAGCUUUUGAUUUUAAUCAAUUUAACCAUGGGAGCUUGUAACUUCUUAUCACCACAGUUGAUAUUGUUCAUUCUAGAGAUACUUCAACUAUGUGAAGCAUCUUGCUGCACGGGUAUUUGAACUACAAAAACACCAAAACUUCUGUUUGAAAAAAAUUUCCAUGCUUUAUGCAAAUACAGGGCAGCAAAUAUUCAAAUACUUGAUUUACAGAACAAUGUUUAAAUGUUUUUGAAAUUAUUCUUAUGAUGCUUUGUUUCUUUUUUACAUCUCUGUUAUGCAGAAGUGUGGCAAUAGUAAAAUCAAAUAAGGAUACAAGAUAUGGAUUGGAUUCAAUAGUGACACAUAAUGGGGCAAAAUUGCCAUGCUUGGCCUUACUUGAUUUGUCAUCAUUCAGAAAAAAGUUUGGUCUUGAGGCAUAUGAUCAGGAGAAAAGCUUGGUUUCAUGGAAUGCAAUGAUUGCAGGGUAUGUGCAAAAGGGGCUUGAAGAAGUGGGGUUAAAUCUUUAUAACAAGAUGAGACAGACUGGUUUUAUUCCAGACCAGUAUACCUUUGCAUCAGUCUUCAGAGCUUGUGCCACUUUAGCAACACUUGAGCAUGGGAAACAGGCCAAUGGUGUCAUGAUCAAGUGUCAAAUUAGGGAAAAUGUGGUAGUCAAUAGUGCCCUUAUGGACAUGUACUUUAAAUGCAGUAGUUUAUCUGAUGGGCAUUGGGUAUUUGACAAGUCUUUAAAUAGGAAUGUUAUUAUGUGGACUGCUUUAAUCUCUGGCUAUGGUCAGCAUGGAAAAGUUGUAGAGGUUUUGGAAUCUUUUCAUAGGAUGAAAACUGAAGGUUUCAAACCAAAUUAUGUUACUUUCCUUUCAGUUCUUUCUGCUUGCAGUCAUGGAGGUUUGCUUGAUGAGGGUUUGGCAUAUUUCUCAUCUAUGACCAAAGAUUAUGGAAUUCAGCCAAGAGGGCAACAUUAUGCAGCUAUAGUUGAUCUUUUAGGGUGUGCUGGCCGGUUACAAGAAGCGUAUGAACUUGCUAAUGCUUGUAAGGAGCACUCAGUGAUAUGAGGUGCUUUGCUUGGGGCUUGAAGGG